AGAAAACAAAACAAACCCACCCAAAAAAAAAAAAAAACGUUUCAGAUUCUUAAUUUCUGGUCCUCAGCCAGCUCAGCUCGGCCCAUUCUUCGCCGUCCGAUUCGCCGCCGACGUCUUCUCAACCACCGCACGAUCGAAGAGAUGGACGUCCGCAACAGGCAAUCGGCGAAGCCGGCCGGGCCCACCGUCCUGAAGGCGAAGAAGCUUGUCGACGUCGAAAGUGAUCGGAAUCCGAAGGUCUCCGACGCUCUCCCGAUGCCUCUGUAUUUAACGAACGUCACGUUUUUCACGCUCUUCUUCUCCGUCGUCUACUUCCUCCUCACGCGGUGGCGGGAGAAGAUCCGCACAUCCACGCCCCUCCACGUCCUCACCUUCUCCGAGAUCUCUGCCCUUUUCGCCCUCCUCGCCUCCUUCAUUUACCUACUCGGAUUCUUCGGCAUCGAUUUCGUCCAGUCCUUGAUCCUCCGUCCCUCCGCCGACGUCUGGGCCGCCGACGACGACGAAAUGGUCGAAAUCCUUAAAGACGACUCCCGCAAGGUCCCCUGCGGCGCCGCUCUCAAUUGCUCGAUUCCGCCGCCGAAGGUCGUCGACCCGGUGCCGGUGACGGUUUCGGUUUCGAUUCCAGUGCCGGCGUUUGAGAUGACUGAGGAGGACGAGGAGAUUGUGAAAUCCGUCGUCGCGGGGGCGACUCCGUCGUAUUCCUUGGAGUCGAAGCUCGGGGAUUGCCGGAGAGCGGCGGCGAUAAGGCGGGAGGCGUUGCAGAGGACGACCGGGAAGUCUCUCGCCGGUCUUCCGUUAGAGGGAUUCGACUACGAUUCAAUCUUGGGGCAGUGCUGCGAGAUGCCGGUCGGGUACGUUCAGAUUCCGGUGGGGAUAGCCGGCCCUCUGUUGCUCGACGGGAGGGAGUAUUCCGUUCCCAUGGCGACCACCGAGGGUUGCUUGGUUGCCAGCACCAACCGGGGCUGCAAGGCUAUUCACCUCUCCGGCGGAGCCAGCUCCGUUCUGAUGAGGGACGGGAUGACCAGAGCGCCUGUUGUGAGAUUCUCCACCGCAAGAAGGGCUGCUGAAUUGAAGUUCUUCUUGGAAGAUACUGCCAAUUUCGAGACCUUGGCCAUGGUAUUCAACAGAUCAAGCAGAUUCGCGAGGUUACAGAGCAUUAAGUGCGCAAUUGCUGGGAAGAAUCUUUACACGAGAUUCUGUUGCGGUACCGGUGACGCCAUGGGGAUGAACAUGAUUUCCAAGGGUGUCCAGAACGUUCUGGAUUUCCUCCAGAACGACUUCCCAGACAUGGACGUGCUUGGAAUCUCUGGAAACUUUUGCUCUGACAAGAAGCCCGCCGCGGUGAACUGGAUUGAGGGACGGGGAAAGUCUGUGGUCUGUGAGGCGACGAUCAAGGGAGACUUGGUGAGGAAGGUGCUUAAGACCAAUGUGGAGGCCCUAGUGGAGCUCAACAUGCUCAAGAAUCUCACGGGCUCCGCUAUGGCCGGUGCUCUCGGGGGCUUCAACGCCCAUGCCAGCAACAUCGUCUCCGCCGUCUACAUAGCCACUGGGCAGGACCCCGCCCAAAACGUGGAGAGUUCUCACUGCAUCACCAUGAUGGAGCCUGUCAACGACGGAAAGGAUCUUCACAUUUCCGUCACCAUGCCAUCCAUUGAGGUCGGAACAGUUGGAGGUGGUACGCAGCUCGCAUCGCAGGCGGCUUGCUUGAACCUGCUCGGAGUGAGAGGCGCGAACAGGGAGGAACCGGGAUCGAACUCGAGGAUGCUGGCGACCAUUGUUUCUGGUGCUGUUCUCGCUGGCGAGCUCUCUCUCAUGUCUGCUCUUGCUGCUGGACAGCUCGUUAAGAGCCAUAUGAAGUACAACAGAUCCAGCAAGGAUGUUUCCGCUGUUGCUUCUUCUUAAAGAGAAUUAUAAAUUACAUAUUCCAAUUCAUAAAACGCCAAGGAUAUGAAAGAUGCGGAAGCUCCAUAGAAUAAUAUUUUUACACGGACACUGAGAGAAAGGAUCGG